CUCCCUUUAGUUACUCUAUGAGCCUCAGUGUUUUGACACGUUGAGCGAAUUGAAAGAUCAAAAUAACUCAAAACGAAAUGAAGAUUUAUAGAUUUCAUUGUAAGAUAAUUACAAUUUGUUUGGUGUAAAAACUUCUGCGUUAUUUCAUGAUAAUAUUUCUACUUUGUUUUAGUGUGGUCCUUAUGGUUUGUUGUAUCCAUUAAGGGCAUGACGUCUCGGGUUAGGUUGUUUGGUAACUGGAGGUAUGAUAAACAGUGUGUGACUAAGAAAGUUGUCCCAACCAUACAAUGGCACAAGGAUCUUCGGCUUGCAAGGAGUGUGGCUGGUCGCGUCAGAACUGCUGCGAGCACUCCAACCUGCAUCUGCACGUCGAGAUAGAGAACCUGAAGCAGAAACUGCUGGAGCGUGAGCACCACAUCGUCACCAUGGAGACCAACUUUCUGUCCGAGGCCGACAAGUUUCCUGACGGUGAAUAUGCAGCACUCACUGAGGAGCUGCUCACUUGGCAGGAGAAGUACUCCCGAUUGUAUGAGUCUCACAAACGUGUGCAGAAGGUAAACCAGAAUUUGGAAGACAAGUUACUUAAAAUUGUGGAUAAGUGUGAAACAGAGAAGGCUGCAUUAACUCGUGAUGUGUCCAAUUUAACUCAGAAGCUUGUUGAUGCUGAAGAAAAAGUUUGCCAAUUAAAAGAAGAAAAUGAACGAUAUAGGAAUGACGUUAAUCUUGCAAUACAGUUGCUCCAGUGCAAACCAGCCAACUUUGUCUCCCAGAAGUAUGACACGUUGCCGGCAGACCUGCAGCAGAAGGUGCGGCUGUACGUGAGCAGCAAGCGGCGGUCCAGCGACGCCAACGGCACGCACAAGCAGCCGGAGCUGAAGACUAUCAAGGUGCCCAUCCCCACCUUCCCGCCCACCGCCAUGGUGUACAGCGUCAACAAGGAGCUGUCGGAGAAGGAAGAGGACGCGGAGAAGGGCGGGCCGGAGCGCAGGCCUGUGGACAUCGUGUCGGCAGCCAUCAUGGCCAAGGUGCUGGAGGAGCGGGAGCGGGAACGCCUGCGCACCAAGCACUGCGCCAGCUGCACGUGCCCGCGCCGGCCCGGCCCGUGCAAGGCCACGCAGACGCGGGAGCAGCCGCCCCCCGUCGCCGUCGCUACCGGGCCGCGGCCGUGCUCGCUCCGGCUGCAGGCGGGCUCCAGCAACAUCCUGCUGGACAACGCCACGAGCUACGCCCCCGUGCUGUACACGGGCCGCCGCCGCGACGACGCGGGCGUGCUGGUGCACUGCCCCCGCUCCCGCUCCCACUCCUCGGGCAGCGGCAGCGACUCCCCCGCCGAGACACAGAUCUGAACAGUCUUCCUCGCGAGCCCCCCCCCCAGAACAUUUUUUUACCAAAUGUUACCAAAAAAAAUGUUAUUUUUGAUGUAUUUGGAAUUGUUCCUUAUGUGAAGUAUUUGCUCACUAGUCUCGAGGAACUGGUUGUUGAUAUUGUGUGUUUUAAGAAUUAAAGUACAAAAAAAUGGAAUACUUUCAUCUGUAGUCAGUUUCCAGUAGAGCUACAAUUUAAAUAUACCUGUAUAAAU